AUGCACGGCAGCGUUAAGUCGGCCUCGCGCAUGAACAGCGCCGUGGUCAUCUUCCUGGACCAGGUGGAGAAGGUGUUGCCGUUGACGCAACCGGCAACAAAAAUCGUUCUAUCAAACGUCCCUCCGUUCAUCAGCGACGAGUUCCUCAGCAGAGAGCUGUCCAGACACGGGAAGGUGGUCUCACCGAUCAAAGAUCUUGUCUGGACGUCUCAGUUACUGAAGCACGUGGUGUCUCACCACAGACACCUGAAUAUGAUCCUUAACAACCGGAAUGUGGAGCUCAACCUCCGCUUCCACGUGAAGAGCCUGUCCGGGGGCGCGGGUCCCCUGCUCCGCCUGCCCCUGGGGGGCACGGUAGUGGUGCUGCUGGGCUCUGACCUGCACGGGUGCGUGUCUCCUUGCAGGCGGCUGGUGGAUCCAGAGGACCAGCUGGGUGACAUCCGGUCGGACUCGGUGCCGUCAGAGGUUCGGGACUGGCUGGCUUCCACUUUCACCCGGCAGACGGUUGUGAUGCUGCGCCGUAACGAGGACAAGCCACGCUUCCGCAGCAUCGUUCACGCAGUGCAGGCCGGCAUCUUUGUGGAGAGGUUUGGCUUGUUUGGUGUAUUUGAUGCAACCGUCAUGUGGAAUAUUAGGCCCUUCAUACAUGUGGACGUGUGGUCUUUUGAUGUGUUUGCACUGAACGAUGCUAGUGGGGACCACGCUCUGAAAUUUGUCUUCUAUGAGCUAUUCACCAGAUAUGACUUGAUCAACCGUUUCAAGUCCAUAUAUGUCCCUGUUUGUGCCCUCAUAUCCUUCGUGGACUCGUUGGAAGUGGGCUACAGCAAACACAAGAAUCCCUAUCACAACGUGACGCAUGCGGCUGAUGUCACACAGACCAUUCAUUACCUGCUCCUCAGGACCGGCAUGGUGCACUGGCUCAGUGAGUUGGAGAUCUUUGCCAUCAUUUUUGCAGCUGCCAUUCAUGACUACGAGCACACAGGGACCACCAAUAACUUCCAUAUUCAGACAAGGUCAGACACCGCCAUGUUGUACAAUGACCGAGCUGUUCUGGAGAACUACCACGUCAGUGCUGCAUAUCGCCUUCUACAGCACAGUGAUGACAUGAACAUUCUGUCUAAUCUCUCCAAAGACGAGUGGAGAGAGCUUCGGGCUCUGGUGGUGGAGAUGGUGUUGGCCACAGACAUGUCCUGCCACUUCCAGCAGAUCAACGGGAUGAAAAGCCACCUGCAGCAACAUGAGGCGCCCGACAAAGCAAAGGCCUCGUCCCUGCUACUGCACACUGCUGACAUCAGCCACCCUGCCAAACACUGGGACCUCCAUCAUCGCUGGACCACAUCCCUUCUGGAGGAGUUCUUUAGACAGGGGGAUAAAGAAGCGGAGCUGGGUCUACCGUUCUCUCCUCUCUGUGACCGCAAACCCACCACGGUGGCCCAGUCUCAGAUUGGAUUCAUUGACUUCAUGGUGGAACCAACAUUUACAGUGCUGACAGAAAUGAUGGAGAAAACUGUGACUCCGCUUGUUGAGGAGGCAUCGCGAUCUGGAACGGCUGCCUUCAGACGCUGGAGUGACCACAGUGUCAGUGGCAGUGAUGGAAAGAGGUCCAGUGUGAAGAGUACAGGCUCAGAGGGCAGCUGCUCUCUGACCACGGUGGACUUCAAGGGCUUCAAGGUCACAUGGAACAAGGAGAUUCACCACAACAGGGAGACG